UAUCCACUGCCAGUGUAACUUUGACAUUUGGUCCACUUCCAAAAUAACCUCAAUUUGCCACAACUUUUUUAUUAAUUAAAAAAUGAAUCAAGCCGAUAUUUCUAAACUAGUGUCCCAACUUCGAAUCAAAGUAAAUCCCCGUUUGCGAAAAUUCCGUUCGCCGGGAGGCCCCGAAGCACGUUUAGACAAGCUCCGAAAAACAGUUACUGCUUUAGUUAAACAUGAACGAAUUGAAUUGAAUUUUCCUCGAGCUGAUGAGUCUCGAAUGUACGCAGAGAGGUUAAUUUCAGAUGCUAUACGGUAUGGAGAUUGUCAUAAAGAAACAAUGGAAAUGGCCGAUUAUUGGCUGGUUGAAAAACAACUAGUCCACAAAUUGUUCAAAGUCUUAGUUCCCAGAUUUGUAAAUUACAACACGUGUUACACAAGAAUGUAUAAAGCACCGACUUUGUAUCCGGAAACACGGGAGAAAGCUGUAUUGGAGUUAAAAGGCAAUCCUUACCCAUCCUUACUACCUGAGAAUUACACCAACAGGAAUUUAAUCCAUAAUGUGUUGUUGGAUGAGGCUAAAAAGGCCUACAGGACGCAAAAAUACGCAGAAAUUGCGUCCAAAAUCGACGCGGCCGAAAAAAACGUUGAAGAGACUAGGAAGUAAUUUUUACGUGUAGUUGUAAUAAAUUAAGUAAUAAAUAAUUAUAAUAA